UCUCGUCUCAUUCUACGUUUGAUCAUCGCGGUGUUAAAAACCACGUGUUUGUAAUAUGAUUAACGUUAGUUUAAGUAGUAGACAACAGAUUGUGCUUCGAGUAACGUUCUUGUGAUGUUGGUGUUCGUAAAUGUAGUGUAAUUUGCGAUUUCCGCACGAAGUUCGCAAUCAAGCUCGUAGGGGAUGUUUGCGAACAUUGCCGGCGGCGUUAGAGGGAAGAAUUUCAGUUGCCGAUUUUAGAUGAACCAAUUAUGUAGGGUAUGUGGAGAACCAGCGGCAGGUUUCCAUUUUGGUGCAUUCACUUGUGAGGGAUGCAAGUCUUUUUUUGGAAGAUCGUACAACAACCUAAGUUCGAUAUCGGAAUGCAAAAACAACGGAGAAUGCGUGAUAAACAAAAAGAAUCGAACAGCGUGCAAAGCAUGCAGACUGCGAAAGUGCCUUUUAGUAGGGAUGUCGAAGAGCGGCUCACGUUACGGCCGUCGCUCAAAUUGGUUCAAAAUCCAUUGUCUUCUCCAACAGCAACAGCAAGCGGGCGUAGGGAUCGCCGGAUCCACAGCGGCUGGGCUUCUACGACCGCAUCCGUACUAUCGACAUUUAAGCACGUCCAACCCCACAACCGACACCAAAAGUUCCGAGUCAGAUAGCGGCGCAUCGUCCGCGGAUCCAGAUGACGAAGUCAGAUCUGCGAGUGCCUUCAGUUACUUUGGUCCGACAAUUUCCCCGUCAAGUGACCGCUCUAACGUAUCCUCGACGAAAAUUUCACCCAUGUGCGAUAAUCUACAGCGGACGUUUCCGGGGAAAGUCCCAUCCCUAUCGUUCCCACCACCGAUGUCUCCUAACAGCCUCUUCCCACGUUGGCUACCCACACUGCCAAAUAUUACCUACCCGUCAGCGUGGAGAGAUCUGUGGUUACGCGCACCGGUCGCAGUAGCCGAACCUGCGCCAGAACAAGAUCAACCAAUUGACUUGUCAUUACGACCCAAAAUCUCAACACCCACAACGGAUAGUGAAUCGGAAAUUAAUAUCGACGUGGGUGUCGAGGAGUCUGUAAAACAUGUGCCUAUAGAUUUAAGUAAUUCAGAUAAAACUGGUGAUAUUACGAAUAAUUAAGUAGGUUGUGAUAAUAAGGCGUCAGUAUUUUAACUAUAUAUUUAUUUAAGGGCCGCCCUUUCUCCCUAGACUUUUUGUGCCAACAGUACCUGAAAAAUUAACACACGUUUUUCUGUAAAGUGCCAGUUACUUUAAAAUCUAGUAUUAUUUUAUUUAAAUGUGUAUUAUAAAAAAGGCCAGUAAAAGCUCGCCGUAUGUUACGUUGUGCUUCAAUAAAGUUUAUAUUACGA